AUCGACAUGGCCUCCAGGCGCGCAGUACUGCCGCUGCGCAGCUUGCUCAGCAGGCAAUGUGCGGGCUCCCUCCGCCUCCAGCAGCGCGCCUCCAGCUCCUCGUCGACACAGGCUCUGGCCUACAAGGCCCUCCACCGCCGCAUCGCGCCGCUGCCCACGGAAGACCGCCCUCCUGCAUGGUCGGCCCCGGCUGCCGUCAGCAACAUCAUCUACGAGACGCCGUUGCCCUCGCAGGCCCCGCCCAAGAGUCACAUCCUCAAUUGCCUGGUGCAGAACGAGCCCGGUGUGCUGUCGCGAGUGUCGGGCAUCCUGGCCGCCCGCGGCUUCAACAUUGACAGCCUGGUCGUCUGCAACACCGAGGUCGACGAUCUCUCCCGCAUGACGAUUGUGCUGCAGGGCCAGGAUGGCGUUAUAGAGCAGGCCCGCCGCCAAUUGGAGGACCUGGUGCCCGUGUGGGCGGUGCUCGACUACACGCAGUCUCCGCUGGUCCAGCGUGAGCUGCUGCUUGCCAAAGUUUCGAUUCUCGGCCCCGAGUACUUUGAGGAGCUGCUUGCCCACCACCGCGAGAUGGCCCAGCCGCCGGAGACGGACGGACACGAAAGCGAGCACACCUCGGAUGAGGCGCGGAAUGCGGCGGCGCACGAGGCCGCACGUGAGUCGCUGAGGAGGGACUACCAUCCGACAAACCUGCCCGUCAGUCAGGCGCUUCGGCACAAGCAUGAGCAUCUGCGCGCCAUUACAUUUAUGACUCAUCAGUUUGGCGGAAAGGUGUUGGACAUCAGCACAAACAACUGUAUAGUGGAGGUGUCAGCAAAGUCUACCAGGAUCGACUCUUUCAUGAAGCUCAUUGCUCCGUUCGGCAUCCUGGAGUCUGCAAGGACUGGUCUGAUGGCGCUGCCCCGCUCACCGCUCCACGCGAGUGCCGAGGUGGAGGAGAUGGAGGCACAGGACGUCGUCGACAACAGCCUGCUUCCCCCGGGCUAAGCAUUUGAUGGGCCACGUCAAGCUUUUUCUUGUGUCUACAUAGUGCGGAUCAUACAUAUACGUAUAUAGCAUGGCGUUUUCCCGGGGCGAAACUGGCUAUGGGCGGGAGGCUGCAGUAGUGCUUGAUUCGUUCCGAAAACGCAAAAUGACGUGAUGCCUCGAUAUUGCAAGCGAAAUUCAAUCUAUCCUCUGUACAACGUAC